AUGGAAUUUAAAGAUAAAAUAAUAGAAAAAUUACAAAACGAGUUGGACGAAUGCAUAAAGUAUCGUCGUAGAACUGGUCAAAGAAAUUUGGAAUUGGUCAGUGCUACAUUAGUCGCAUUUAAAAAUGAAAUUGAAGAUAUACAUCACCAAUAUCAGGCUGAAAUAGAAUUAGCACUACCUGUAGAUUUGGCAGAACUAGAGGUCAGGACAAACGAGAACGAUACUUAUUGGAAGAUGCUAAAAUAUGAUAGUAAAGUGGUACAACUUGAGAUAGACAAGUGGAAAUCUGACAUAAAAAAAAAACACAUUGAAAAUAUGGACAUCGAACAUGGAAGGUUCGAAUCAAUUAUGAAUAAAUUUUGUUGGAAAGACUACAUAACGCAUUAUAUGAAUAUGAAGGAUGAAUAUUUUUCUACUUUGGAUGAUUAUGCGAAAAAAACUCAAAAUACAGCAACAGAAUACUCGAAGUUCAAAUCAACAAACGAACAAUUAUUAAUUACAACAAAAAAAUUGAAAAUUCGAAUUAAAGAUUUAUUAAAUAAAAUAAGUACAUUGGAAAAAGAAAUGGGCAAACCUAAAUUAUUCAAGGAAUUAAAUAUAUUAAUACAAAAAAGAGAUGAAGUUCAAGAGGGUUUGAAACAAUUCCGAAAUAAGGUUGCAAAUAAUUCUAAACUCGGCCACAGACUAAAGUCACUUCUUUGCCAAUCUACCAAACAAUUAAAUACAAUUUUAAACAAUAAAUUGAAGAGGCGUGAAGAUAUAAUGAAAUGUAUCCACCUAUAUCAAGAAUUGGAAACACCCGAAGACAAAGCUAAUAAAAUUCCAAUAUUUGAUACACAUGAAAAUAUUGAAGAGCCUGAUCAUCAAUCAACAAAACAAGGGAUAUUGUAUAAUAUUCAAUGCCGUGUAUCAUCUGUAAAGAUCGAAUGUAAAAUGUUAGAUUUGGAGAACGAAAAAUUACAACAUGAAAAUAACGUAUUAAAAGAAAAAAUAUGUGACUUUGUGAAUCAAUUAGAAAUGAAAAACCCUAAUAAAUAA